AUGGCGACAUCGGCGGCAAGGCCCGAGGUGGGCGAUAUCCUGCUCGUCAUCCAUGACUUCACUGCCCGAAGCUCCGAUGAGCUGACCCUGGCAAAGGGUGACCGCGUCGAACUGGUAGAGAGGGACGACGAGUUUGGCGAUGGCUGGUUCCUGGGCAAACACCUGGUCAACGGCAACAGUGGUCUGUUCCCAGAAGUAUACACUCGUCCGGCCCCCAGUAAUAGCACCGCCGCCCUCAAGCCCGCUGCAAGCCCGGCUGCGACGCCUGCCUCACAACCACAGGACCCGCCUGCUGAGCCUGUCGAGGCCCCUACUCCGGUGCAGGUCAAAUCGCCGCCCCAGCCAGCUGCCCCAGCAGUCGAGCCAGCACAGUCUGUACUAUCGCCGCCGCCUGAGCUGAGGCCCGAGAGCACUCCGGUGACGCUGCCGUUGGCUUCCUACAGUGCGCCCAACACAGCCGCCAUCCCGUCCAAGAGCCCCCCAGUCUCGGCCGGUAUAGGAUCGUUCACGCGCCUUAAUCAGAGCCAGGACAACCGCGUGCUGCACGAGACCCUCAACGUCAUUGACGAGCAUAUCGACGACCUCCGAUCCACCCCAAGACAUGGCAGUGUCUCGCGGCACGCCAACGACUCUGGAAGCGAAUACAGCUCGAAUAUAGACCAUCGUCUCUCUUACAUAGCAGGUGAGGAGACAGACGAGGAGGAGGAAGGUGCACACUCUCGCUCCGAGGUCGAGUCCUGGACACCGGACGAGGUUGCGGAGUAUCUCUUCACCUCGGGUGUCGAGAAACACCACUGCGAGGUAUUCCGGGACCAGGAGAUCACUGGAGAGGUGCUUUUGGGUAUGGAUCAAACGUCGCUCUUCAUCAAGGCCUUCGACCUCGGCUCCGUCGGUCGGAGGCUGAAGACCUGGCAGAAGGUCAAGGCGCUGCAGGACGAGGUCAAUGGCAUCUUCACACGCCCAACCACCCAGACCUACGGCAGUGACGCAGGGUCAGAUGUUGGCAGGCGGACUAGGAGUCGCAACAACACCAUCACCUCUAUAAGCAGGCUUCCCCCGAUCGACGACCGGCCCAUGUCGCAACAAAAACGAAGGUCAGUUGCAACGACGCCCAAGCUCGAGCCUGCGGGCAUGCCAGGGUCACCCGUGUCACCGAGAACACUCCUUGAUAGCCCGUCCCGCCCAAACCAUGAGAAGCGCCCCUCGGCUGCGUCAAUCCGCGAUUUGCAUCACUCUAGGAGACAUUCCUCGACGGAUUUCCGGCUGCCAGGGAUGAGCAUCAGCAGUGCUAGCCCUGUGCCAAAAUUGAUGCCGAGCGGGACUUUCCCUGUGCAGGAGACGACACAUAAGAAACAGCCGUCCUUUGACCGGAACUGGACGCUGGGAGGCGCUUCGGUCACCAGGCCGGUCUCUGGCUCUAACUUCCUCUCUCCCGAGAGCGAGCUGCAGGAUUCUGCUGUGGACCUCGACCGCGGCUACUUCUCGAGUGCAGAAGGCAGCAGCAGGAACAGAAACGUGCUUAAGAAGCGCGACAGCACUGCUUCACACUCACGCAAUACUAGCUACACCGAAGAGCAGAGGGUCAGGAGUGCGACGACCAUGGCUCGCCACUCCCGGUUUGGUAGCAUCGGCUCGAUACGGGGCGAGCCCCUGUCGGUUGCAGCUCAGAAAUACUACGGCGCGCCGGCGCCGGCUGCGAAUGGGAGCCAUAGGAGGACCCUUUCGACGAACACGACCGAGUCUUUGCGGCCUGCGGUGCCAGCCAAAGACAGCCCUCCGACAGUUACGAAACUGGAUACUGCAUCUGUUGACAACCUACGCCCCUCGCCGUCUCUGCCUGUAUCACCAGCCCACCGCCAGGCCCUGGCCAACGAGCUCAUGCAGAAGCCCCCGAAGGCACCCGGGGUGAGAGCCAUAUCGGACGCGGUGACGGGCCAGGAACGCGCCAAGAUUGCACCAGCUCUCGACUCGCCGCUGAGGGACUCGCCAAUGCAGUCUCCAUCUAGAACAGGGUCCAGCACGCCCUCAGUUGGGCCGAGCUUCGAGCUAGACUCUCCUGACAUCUCUAAGAGUCCAGGCACUAUGACCUCAGUAGGCAGCCGCGGUAACAAGAAGAAGGGGAAGAAAGAUACAAGCGCAUACACGCGUGGAUUGCUCAAGGUUAGCCCGCGCGAUGCGAUGGUGGACGCAGAUUACAGCGGCUGGAUGAAGAAAAAGAGCAACGGCCUCAUGACAACAUGGAAGCCGCGAUUGUUCGUUCUCAAAGGCAGGCGUCUCGCCUACUACUACUCAGAGGAUGACGAGCAGGAGAAGGGCCUUAUCGAUAUAUCCUUCCACAGGGUCCUGCCAGCUGACAACGAGAGGCUGACGGGGCUUCAUGCAACACUCACUGGAGCGUCGAACUCGCCUGCAGUGCCUGUCAACAGCAACAUGCGCACAAUAGCCGCCACAGAAGCUGAUGCGGAUCCAACGGCUGCGUCCGAUUCGAUAUUCAUUUUUAAACUGGUUCCACCCAGGGCCGGCCUGUCCCGUGCUGUCAAUUUCACGAAACCCACCGUCCAUUACUUCGCCGUACCCAACAUCAAGCAAGGCCGGCUUUGGAUGGCAGCUCUUAUGAAAGCCACCAUUGACAGAGAUGAUAACCAGCCGAUUGUCACGAGUUACCAACAAAAGACCAUAUCACUCGCAAAGGCACGCCAGAUGCGCCACAGGCCGCCUGCACUGAUGAACUUGGACGAAAAGAUGGAGGCCGGUGGCGAUGAGUCGCCAGAUCCCAGCAAGGGUAUAGAUGGCGGUGGUCUGGGCAUCUACAAUGGAAAUGGCAACGGGGAGGACAGUGCAGUGGCUGGGUUAGAAAAGCUUGGUCUCUCUAAGGUGGAGAGCGUCGGGAGCCGGAGAGCGUUCCCUUUUAUUGGAAACGGAGAGGUCUCGCCGGCGAACUUGCCGCAGAGUGCGUAG